AUGCCUCCAAAUACUGUGCUUUGUAUUGGGAAUUCCCCAACAUGCGUUUUUUUGACCUGGAGGUUGUCUGUAGGAGGAUGUCAGGUUGUCAUACUAGAGUCCUACCUAUCUCCUGAAAAGUGUAAUACAAUAUACUGGAAGUCGGAGAAAUAUCCAAACCACAGUUACAGACCCAUAAACAGCUGUAGGAAAGCGUCCGAUUGUACCACAAAAUGUGAGUUUAUUUUAAUAGGUGUUGCCAAUAUAACAAAAUUAAAAGAGAUUGGGGAGUCGUUAAGGAAUUAUAUCACUGAUAAAACUAUAAUAUUCUUAGACGCCUCCCAUGCAGUUGGACUAGAAUACUUAGUUAGAGAAUGGUACCCUGAUAAUGCUGUAGUGAGUAUUAUUUGUGAAGCAGUGACUAAAAUUAUAGAAUACAACGAUAAGUAUGAAUUCUGCCACCUUGGUAAUAAAGUGGCAACUGCAAUUGGAUCGACAGUACCAGACAAUUCAAAACUAGUACAAGAUACGCUAGCUGGAUCUGGUAAUGAAAAGCUUGUCGAAUUUACAGACUUACUACUUACAAAUGGUGUGCAUCCUUGCAUAAUCAUUCCAGAGAAAGUUAAACCAACUUUGAACUACUAUGUAUGGAAACAAAUUCUAACACUUGUACCAUUUGGUGUCUUGUCAUUGAUAUAUGGGCAACUAAGCCUAGAAAAUCGAAAACACUAUAGGUUGCUGAACAAGACGUUUCAUGAUAUUUUGAGGUUAGCAGUUAAGCAAUGUCCGACAGAGUUUCCGAAUAUAGCAGAUGAAAAAGGCACCCAAAAACUGUUCGACUACUUAUUAAAUCAAUUCAAUCAGACACAUUCACAAUAUAAAAUCAAAGAUUUCACUGGCAAACUUUUACCAUCAAGUCAAGACGAGCUUCUGGAGAUUCCAUUGUGUGUUUACAAUUAUAAAAAGAAUUUUACAACUCAAACAUCUCUUUGCCUUUCUCAAAUGAUCAAUUUUGCAGGUAAAAGAAAUAUUGAUAUACCAUAUAUUGAAUGCAUUGAAAGCUUUUACAUGGAACUUGAAGAACUAAGUAAACAGGGUGUAUUUAAUUGGGUUGAAAAAAUGCCCCAUCGGUCAUUAGUUGCUCAAGUCUCUCAAGCUUCACAUGCCAAGUAUGACAUUUCAGCGAGUAGUCUGGUGUCAUCGGUAGGUGGCUCGAUCCAAUCAGGUAUACAAACACCCACGUCCGUGAUUGAUAUCACUAAUCGAAGUUCUCUAAAAAAUACUUAUUCUUCGGAUCCCGAAUUGAUAAGCCAAGCAUAUCAAUAUGUACCAGCACCACUACCACAACGAUUUCUUGUAACUGGAAAACCGCAUGUUGAGCAUCCUAGGUUCAGAAACGUUCCAGAGAAAGGAACCAACGGUAGAGAAAUUUCGUACCAUCAAAUUAAGGAUUUAACUUAUCCAGGUACCAAGGGAUCGACAGCAGGCAACAGCCUAGUGCAGGCCCAAAAACACAUCUAUCAGUAUACAAAUUUGAAUAGAACCUUUGAGAACGUCAAUAAUAGAUACGGUCAUUACGAUUCUUUGAAUCCUUUUAAACAAUUUAGUGGCUUCACGGAUGAAAUUAAGUUCGAUGGCAAUGAGAUGCAUACCGUACAGAAGACAAAGAAAUCAGUUGUUCAUACUGUAGAUAUGGUGCAUACCGGGGAAUAUCACUCAAUACCAGGAAAGAAAACCCUUGGAGCCAAAAAGGACGAAGAUCGUGAUAACAGCAAUGGUAUGGGAAAUCGUAAUCUGGAUUAUAUCAACAUGGAGGAUGAUAAUAACGGGGAAUGA